UCUGAGCAGAAGCCUCUCUCCUCCUUGAAUGGACUCCAUCUCUCUGAGCCAAACACUCUUUUGCUGCUGCUGUGGGGGGACACAGUGAAGAUCACAGCUGAUCGCCGUGUUUCAUUUGUUUUUGUUUUUUCUCCUUAUGCUGCUGCUGCUGCCAAGAAAAGUUGACUGCUGCAACUUUGCUCUGUCGCCAUGAGCUUUUGUCGGGCUUAAGGAGUUUCCAGAUCAGCCGUGUGGUGUCGUAAACAGCUGAUGGGCAAGAGCCGAAGCAGAGAAGACUUGAAAGAGAAGAAGCUGUGAGAGAAGGACUCCAUAGAGUAUCAGAUAUUUAGAGGGUGGUGGUUGAUUUGGGUUUGGGUCAGUCUGACACACAGACAGGGAGGCAGACAGGUUGACAGAUCAAAUUUAAAAAUAGCCUACCUUUGUCCUAGUGUAUUCCCCUGGACCACAAUGGGUUCAGAUGUACGUGACCUGAACUCCCUGCUGCCCCCGCUCCCGGCGGGCCCCAGCCCUGGAUGCCCGGCACUGCCCGUCAGCACAGCCCCUCAGUGGGCUCCCGUCCUGGACUUCCACACUGCCGCCUCCCCAUACUCCUCCCUGACAGCCCCCCACACCUCCCUGGGGCCCCACUCCUUCAUCAAGCAGGAGCCCAGUUGGGGGGCCACCGGCGACCCCCACCACCAUGACACAGACCCUCACUGCGGCCUCAGCGCCUUCACCGUCCACUUCUCUGGGCAGUUUACGGGGACCGGGGCCUGUAGGUACGGGGCAUUCGGGGCACCCCCACCUCCGCCAGCACCUCCGAGUCAACCGCCGUCUGUGACCGCCCCACACCACCACCAGCCCACCAGCAGGAUGUUCAGCAACCCAACGUACUUGACCAACUGCAUGGACACACAGCAGGCAGCCCGUAACCAGACAGGCUACAGCACGGUUGCAUUCGACGGAGCCAGUAAUUACGGUCACACUCCCACACACCACAGCUCCCAGUUCUCCAACCAUUCCUUCAAACAUGAAGACGCUUUAACUCAGCAAAGCACCAUGGCCGAGCAGCAGUAUCCUGUACCUCCUCCUGUCUAUGGAUGCCACACACCUUCAGACACCUGUACGGGCAGCCAGGCGCUGCUGCUGAGGAACCCUUACAACAGCGGAGAAAAUGUUUAUCAAAUGACCUCUCAGUUGGAGUGUGUGGCGUGGAACCCUGUCAGUACACUGGCAUCCACCAUAAAGAGCCAUACAGCAGGCUACGACAGCGACCCCAGCACCCCCAUGUUGUACAGCUGCAGCACACAGUACCGCAUACACACACAUGGAGUCUUCAGGGGAAUACAGGAUGUGCGGCGGGUGCCCAGCAUUGCUCCAGCCAUAGUGCGGUCAGAGAGCAGUGAGAAGCGUCCGUUCAUGUGCGCCUACCCAGGAUGCAACAAACGUUACUUCAAGCUGUCUCAUCUGCAGAUGCACAGUCGCAAACACACAGGGGAGAAACCCUACCAGUGUGAGUUCGCAGACUGUGGCCGCAGGUUUUCUCGCUCUGACCAGCUGAAAAGACACCAGAGGAGACACACAGGAGUUAAACCCUUCGAAUGCGAGACGUGUCAGAGAAAGUUCUCUCGGUCUGACCACCUUAAGACACACACCCGGACUCAUACAGGUAAAACAAGCGAGAAGCCAUUCAACUGCCGGUGGCCCAACUGUCAGAAGAAGUUCGCCCGGAGCGAUGAGUUGGUGCGACACCACAACAUGCACCAAAGGAACCUCACCAAGCUCCAGCUGGCCAUCUGAGUCUUCUCUCAGCCUGUAUCAUGGUUUAACAUGUAAACAUCUGGCUUACAUCUGCUUAUAUAUUCUGUCUCCGGUUAAUCCAGACCUGGUGACCCUCUUUGCAGCCAAGAAACUAGCCUAUGUGGGAACCAGGAGAGUCCUAAUGGGUUCCUUAAAAUGUUAAUAGUAGUUGUACAUCUGUUUGACUUUAAGAAGUAGACACCACAGUCUACCCUCCGAGCCAGAAGAGUCUUGACGCAUUCAGAAUUGUGUUUUUAUUCCUUAAGUUGUCAGGUUUAAAGGAUAAGACUGGUGAUAUUCUAAAUUUAUUCUAUUGCCAACAAAGCCCAUUAAAAGACCAAAACCAAGAAUAUGUUACGGCGUUUUCAAACCAACAUUAAAACUGCACGAAAACCACAGCCUCCUCAAUCAGCUGAAUGGGACUACUCUGUUGACACGUCAGAGGUUUGUCUGGCAAAAAAAUUUGAACUCAGUGCAACUUCAGUUGGUGAGAUGCUGUUUUGGCCAAUCAUGUACUUGCAAGCACGCUGCAUUUCCACUAUUUACCGGCAGGUAAUGUAAAAUAAGUUGUAAAAUCCUUCUUUGUAUCAGUAUAAGCUGCUGUGCAGUGUUUUAGUGUCUGAUAAACACCAACAAUCACAUCACCUGUUGCUCACUAGCAAGUCAUCACUGCUCUUCCAGCUACGUUUAUUAGCCCCAGACACCAGUGUUUAAGAUCAAAACAUGAUCUUCUCUUAACCAUAAACAAGUGGGGUUUUUUUGUGCCUAAACAGAACCAAAACUUAACUACAACAUUUUUCCAGAUUAUGUGAAUUGAUUUCUCAAAUUGAAAAAUUGAAAUAAAUUAUAUUAAAAGGAUAUAAAACAUUAAAGCCCAAGAGCUUAUUUCCAUUGUGAUCCUUAGGAACGUAAACGGCCAUUUAAUAAGGUCAUUGUGACAUUCUGACCAUACAAGUUGGUGCAGCAGGAGCCUUCUAACUUACAAGGCUGAUAACCACUGCUAACACCUAGUUACUGGAGUAGCGACAGAUCAGUGACUGACUUUCUGAAUGGUAUUUAUGAAGCCUGUAUCUGCAAAAGCAAAAAUAAAACCAAAAAAAUUAAUUAAAAUAAAAUAACAUUCAAAAUGCAUGGCAUAUUCAGCUGCGUAUAUGCUGCAGUAUGACUUAAAUUAAAUUAUAAUGCUCAUGUUCAUUGGAAGGAAAGAUCAUGUCACCCAGUGCAACAGCGUUUCACAGGUCUAUGGCAUUGAUCCCAUCACAAUACUUGCUAGUAAGAUCAAUUCAUUGUUGGUUUUGGUCUUAUAAUUAAAAUACAGAAUAUCACCAGACUUAUCCUUAAAAGAAACCUCUCCUUAUUUUCAAUGAUCAUUUCAUGCAGUCAGUCAGUAAAAUGGAAAGUAGCAUUUAAUUUGAGUUUCUGUUUACCAGUACAUUUUCCACAGGCAAGAAAUGCUGUGUAAUUUAGAUGUAAAUAUGAAAAUGUUCACACUACAGUACAUUUACUUUACAGAAGGUUCCCACUGCUCAGCGUGAAUGCUGGUGUCUUUAACGAGCGUCGAGACACCCUGGUCAAAAAAUGUUUCCAUAACAAUAAUGUAGUGUUUCAAUCAUCCCCAGUAACUGACUAUUUUCUUGCCACCCUGUGUACAGUGAGGUCGAAGGUUGCGGUCAGCUACAUAUAUGCCCUGACAACUUAAAGCCUUUUCAGCUGUAAAUAUCUUUUAUGUUGAACUUCUUUGGGAGGUUUAUUUAUUAUCUCUUUGUGGUCAAACAUUGCUUUCACUGGAAUGCUUUAGAAGGAGUGAGGUGUCAUUUUGCUGUGCUCAUGCACAUGCUGUCCUCUUUGCCGUCUCUUAUAGUUUUCACAGUAAAAUAAUGCUGGGUUUGAUUUAAAGGAUCAAGUGAAGUGAUUAAUUUGCAUCUAACACCCUCUGAAGUGUUUGCAAUGUAAGCUUUAGGUGUUUUGUCUGGUUAGCAUAAUAUAUACAUUGCAAACACAUAUGCCUUUAUGGUUGUAUUUUAAAAGCUGAACUUUUUGUUUUUGAGUAAUGUGAGGGUUGGAUUUUUUUGUAAGUGCUCAGCGCUCUUAGAGCUAAAUUGUCUGAGUCUUUUGUCUUUGCGGUGUGUAAAUAUUGCUGGACUCUGGCAGUGUUUUAGACACUGCGAGCUCUAAAAUAUGUCUUUUGGGUCACACUGGCUCUGUGGCCGGGACAUUAUGGUCAAGAUGUAAAUAAUACUUCUUCACCAUGGGAACUGAACUCUUUCCAUGGGGGAAAAUAUGUAACUUAACUGAUAUAUUUUAGACUUGUCUUUGGAUGGAUCCAGGAAGUGUUUAUACUUUAAUUUUUCUUUCUUUCAUGUGUAUUAAUAUUUGUGUCAUAAAACAGCAAAUGUCAUUGAAACAUUUUGUACUGAGAUAAUUGAAAAUGAUGGUUUCUCUCUGUUUAAAUGUAUUGUGACUGUUUUGAUACAGUACCAGUUUG